GGCCGUGCGGGGUCCCGGCGUCGGCGGCGCGCGCGCUCCCUCCUCUCGGAGAGAGGGCUGUGGUAAAAGCCGUCCGGAAAAUGGCCGCCGCCGCCGCCGCGCCGAGCGGAGGAGGAGGAGGAGGCGAGGAGGAGAGACUGGAAGAAAAGUCAGAAGACCAGGAUCUCCAGGGCCUCAAGGACAAGCCCCUCAAGUUCAAAAAGGUGAAGAAAGAUAAGAAAGAAGACAAAGAGGGCAAGCAUGAGCCCGUGCAGCCAUCAGCGCACCACUCUGCCGAGCCCGCAGAGGCAGGCAAAGCGGAGACGUCAGAAGGGUCGGGCUCCGCCCCAGCCGUGCCAGAAGCUUCUGCCUCCCCCAAACAGCGGCGCUCCAUCAUCCGUGACCGGGGACCCAUGUAUGAUGACCCCACCCUACCUGAAGGCUGGACACGGAAGCUUAAGCAAAGGAAAUCUGGCCGCUCUGCUGGGAAGUAUGAUGUGUAUUUGAUUAAUCCCCAGGGAAAAGCCUUUCGCUCUAAAGUGGAAUUGAUUGCAUACUUCGAAAAGGUAGGCGACACAUCCCUGGACCCUAAUGAUUUUGACUUCACGGUAACUGGGAGAGGGAGCCCCUCCCGGCGAGAGCAGAAACCACCUAAGAAGCCCAAAUCUCCCAAAGCUCCAGGAACUGGCAGAGGCCGGGGAUGCCCCAAAGGGAGCGGCACCACGAGACCCAAGGCGGCCACGUCAGAGGGUGUGCAGGUGAAAAGGGUCCUGGAGAAAAGCCCUGGGAAGCUCCUCGUCAAGAUGCCUUUCCAAACUUCGCCAGGGGGCAAGGCUCAGGGAGGUGGGGCCCCCACAUCCACCCAGGUUAUGGUGAUCAAACGCCCCGGCAGGAAGCAAGAAGCCGAGGCCGACCCUCAGGCCAUUCCCAAGAAACAGGGCCGAAAGCCGGGGAGUGUGGUGGCAGCCGCUGCCGCCGAGGCCAAAAAGAAAGCCGUGAAGGAGUCUUCUAUCCGAUCUGUGCAGGAGACCGUACUCCCUGACCCCAUCAAGAAGCGCAAGACCCGGGAGACGGUCAGCAUUGAGGUCAAGGAAGUGGUGAAGCCCCUGCUGGUGUCUACACUUGGUGAGAAGAGCGGGAAGGGACUGAAGACCUGUAAGAGCCCCGGGCGGAAAAGCAAGGAGAGCAGCCCCAAGGGGCGCAGCAGCAGCGCCUCCUCGCCCCCCAAGAAGGAGCACCACCACCAUCACCACCACUCAGAGUCCCCAAAGGCCCCCGUGCCACUGCUCCCACCCCUGCCCCCACCCCCACCUGAGCCCGAGCGCUCCGAGGACCCCACCAGCCCCCCUGAGCCCCAGGACUUGAGCAGCAGCGUCUGCAAAGAGGAGAAGAUGCCUAGAGGAGGCUCGCUGGAGAGCGACGGCUGCCCCAAGUAGCCAGCUAAGACUCAGCCCGCGGUCGCUACCGCCGCCACGGCCGCAGAAAAGUACAAACACCGAGGGGAGGGAGAGCGCAAAGACAUUGUUUCAUCCUCCAUGCCAAGGCCAAACAGAGAGGAGCCUGUGGACAGCCAGACGCCCGUGACCGAGAGAGUUAGCUGACUUUACGCAGAGCGGAUUGCAAAGCAAACCAACAAGAAUAAUGGCAGCUGUUGUCUCUUCUCCUUAUGGGUACGGCUCUGACAAAGCUUCCUGAUUAACUGAAAUAAAAAAUAUUUUUUUUUCUUUCAGUAAA